AUGUCUCACAACAAGGCUGUCGUAUUAAUCACAGGCAUUGCCCUGACAUUUGCAGCGCUCUGUGUCAUCUUGGCAGUGAGGGAACCUGGGCCACGUUCGAUCACAACAUUGAUUCGUGGGAUCAACCAUCUUCCGAAGAGCGCAUUGCCGCCGUCAUGGCUCUCAAAAGAUGACAUCAAGAUGUCGCCCAUGCUUCAUGACAAGUCUGCAUCCGUGAUUAUGACCUUCUCCCGCCAUCAGCCGAAGAGGUCUGUGCAAGUGAAAUCCAUAGCUCCACUGUCCAAGGGCUCACAAGAGGAGCUAUCGGCAAAGCCGAUGAAGGUUGAACAGCACGCUGUUGUCAAGACUGUUGUCAAUGCUUCCAAACAUCACGAGAGCACCCCUGCUUCUCAUACCUCUCGCAACAGCGUCGAAGCCAUGCCAACUAAGUCUGAAUGGAAAAGAAUUGUGAAGAAUGCUGAGAAAGAGGCAGAGAAGUUGGCCCAGAAGCAUCCUCGAUCCGUCCUUGGAGCUCACUGGCGAGACAGCGUAACACCCAAGGAGGACUAUCAAUCCCAGCUGCGACAGGACAGUGAUGACGCAACUCGUGCAAACACCGAUGCUCAGAGUGAGUCCCUGGCCUUGGAAGACGCUCACAUGAAGCACGUCGGUAUCUACCAGAAAGCUGCAUGUGAGAAGAAGAGCGGCUGUGGUCAGGCACGUGGGGAACCUCACGUGAGGCCUUCUGGUACUGGAGGGAAGGUACAGUCGUCUUCCAAGAAACUUGCCCCUGCCAGGUACCCCGCCGUGUCUUUCUACGCCCAACUUCGAGAGGAGGAUCCGCAAUACAGGAAAGACGAUAGUGGGGCAAAGCAGGGCAAUGAAGAUGAGGAGGAGCACCGAAAGCGCAUGGCUCGUCUACGUCUGGAAACCAAACAUUCUUUGCGGAGGUCGGAUUCAAGGAGCGAGGCCCAUAAGCCUGAGAGCUUCCAGGACUACAUGUUUCGAUUGUUCACAGGCAAGUCCAGUUUGUCGAAGGAUUUUCACGAUCACGCCAGAUCUUCACAAUUGUACAAUGUUCCACGGGAUGCAUACUCUGAGGGUUUGCGACCUGAUGGCAGUGAGCAUGUCGUCCAGAAUGCGCAAGAACGACUUGCAAGGAAGUGGCUGGACAUGAUGAGGAACCCUCCUCCCGUGACUAAGAACACUCGCCCCGACAUGCUGGAUCCCCGAUCACUGGUCCUCCCUCGUUCAGAUUUCAAGAAGAAACGAAAGGAGCUGUUGGAUUUCAAGCACGCGAUCCAGGCGUAUGAGAACGACCCCCAAUUCAACCCUGUCAUCUUGAUGCAGGCUCACAAUCUCGUCAAGUACGGCAUUCUCCCUCCCGAAUCCGACAGGCCGAGCGUGUGGCGAGCAUGGUACAUGGAGAUUACCGACAAGUACAGGCUGCUGAGUCAGGAGGUGGCAAUGCUCGCGACGCCGCAUGUCUCUCGGGACAUGUGGGAUCAUGGAGAUGCCGGUGACUGGUGUGGGACGGGAGGAUGCAGGACACUGCAGAGGAGGGAGAGGGAAGGAACUCGACGCCACAGACCAGAUCAGUUCGCCGCGCACUUGGCGGAUGACUACGAGCGGAUGCAGGCGGAGGGCGAGAAGGUGCCGCAAGGAGUAGUUGUGUCAGAGGUGAAGCGGGGGGAGGUGCCGUACAACUUUCCUGAGUCAGAGGAGGAGGCGGCAGGUGAGAACGGUAGGUCGGAGGGGGAUGUGGCGAGGGAGUCGGACCAUGAGGAGAGGGAGGGCCCUCGAGGGGAGGAUGGCGAGACAUGGGACUCCUUCCGGAGAUCGUUCGCGGACCAGGAGCCCAACGAGGCGGAGGACGGGGGCAUGAACGUGCAUCGCGAUGCUUCGGAGGGAAACAGCAGCAAGAGCGACCUGCAGCACAAGGUCGACAAGUUGAGCGAGGAGGUGCAAGACCUGUUGAAGGUCAUUCACAAGGAGCCGCACGGCGAGCAAGGGGAGGCGAGCAAGGAGGAGGCAAAGGAACGUUCCUCGCAGGCUCGCGUGCGGUUGCAGGAGCAGAGGGGGCUGUCGUCCCUUGCUGCGAGAGGGAGCGUUAGCGAUGCUGUUGCACGAGAUCUGCAGCGUCUGCGGGUGGACGAGGAGAAGGUUUCGAGGGACAGGAUGCGGCGGGAGCGCGGGGGGGAGGAGCACGCGGGCCGGCAUGUGAUGGACUGGUUGAGAGGGGCGUUGAGGGCGGCUGAGGGAUACAGAUCAAAGUAG